AUGGCAGACGAGAAAGAAACCCUUGUUGGGAGCACUGUUCGUUCUGCUUCAUACAAUGUCAUUGUGCAGGUUACAUUUAGGAUACUCACCUUUGUAAUGAACGGCAUCCUCUUACGCUAUACCACGAAAGAUAUGAUCGGAGUUGUGAACGUGCGACUGAUGCUUCUCAAUCAAACUAUCGUCUUCGUUGCUCGCGAGGCAUUCCGAAAAGCGUGUCUCAGCAAGUCAGCGGAUAAAAAAUGGACUCAGGUCAUUAACCUUCUCUGGUGUGUGUUUCCUCUUGGUGUUGUAUUGUCCGUCAUUCUCAGUUAUGUGUGGUUGUACUAUCUAGAGAUUCCUGAUCCAGUUAAAAUUGCAAACUACCCGUUAGCAGUGUUGGUUUUUGCAGCCAGUGGGUCAAUCGAACUUUUGUCUGAGCAACUGUGGGUCGUUGCUCAAGCGUUUGUAUUUUUGCGCCUUAAAGUUGUCAUAGAAGGCAUCGCAAACUUUGCACGAUGUGUCAUCACUUUGGGACUGGUAGUUUUUGUACCAGAUCUUGGGAUCAUUACAUUUUGUAUUGCACAAACGGCAUUUUCAGUUUUGGUAAUGGUUUUAUACUACGUAUAUUUCAUAUACUAUAUCAAAACCACCCCCAGAUAUCAAAAUAAAGAAGAAAGCGACUUUCCUCUUAGAUCUUUGCGAGACUUUUUCCCAAGAACUCUAUCAAGGAAGAGUUUUUUUAGUGGGGCACUGGCACAUCUUACAUGGAGCUUUUUUAAGCAAUCCUUCUUGAAAAAGAUUUUGACUGAAGGUGAACGCUACAUUAUGACACUUUUCAAGGUUUUGACAUUUUCUCAACAAGGAAUUUAUGAUGUGAUUAACAAUCUUGGUUCUCUGGUUGCUAGAUGUGUCUUUAUGCCAAUAGAAGAGAGUUAUUACACUUUCUUUGCAUAUACUUUGGAAAGAGGUAGCUCUGCUGAGAAGCAAACACCUCAGUCAGCAAAAAUAGCUUCAGAUACAUUGGAAGUUGUUCUGAAGUUUGUUGUUCUAGUUGGGUUGACAUUUUUGGUAUUUGGCUACAGCUACUCAUUCCUUCUGCUUGACAUCUAUGGAGGGAAAACUCUGAGCAGUGGAGAAGGUGAUUUAGACAUUGAAGUAUCACAUAAUAUAUCCUGGCUGAUGCAACAGCAUUGGGGGGUUUUGGAGGGGAUAGAAACUGGAGCAAGGAAAGGAAAUGGAAAAUGCUACUGAAAUCAAAAUUUGGGUCAGGGUGCAUGUUACAGAUCAUAACUCUUUGACCUCUAAGAGAGACUAGCAUCUACAUGUAAUUUCUCCUGACAAUGUCAUCCCCAAAUCACUCAUUAAGGUCACAAGAAUAAAGAAAAUGAUGACCAACUAAGAGAGCUCUUGAUUGUUACUCAAAUUCUCCUCAUCAGCACCUUAGGAAUGUAUAGAAAAUAGUAUAUAGAAAAUGCAUUUUGAUGUUAGGAUGUAAAGGGUUAAUAGUGGUAGCAGUGCUUUUUUGAGUGAAAUAUUUUGUGAGAAUCAGCCGUGGAAAGUGCAGUAGGAUAGUUUCUUAGCUACCCUAUCUACCAGUAAUUAAUCAAUUUUUAUGUUCAUUUUAGGUCCCUCUCUGCUGCGAUGGUAUUGUGUUUAUGUAUUGAUUAUUGCUGUCAAUGGCAUGACAGAGUGCUUCAUGUUUGCAACCAUGAGCAAAGAUGAUGUUGACUCCUACAAUUACAAAAUGAUGGCAUUCUCAGCAGUGUUCUUAGCAGCAUCUUGGUAUCUCACUAUUUUUGGGAGUGUUGGAUUUGUCAUAGCUAACUGCCUUAACAUGCUCCUGCGCAUUUAUCACAGGUUAGUAAGUUGUUGAUUAUACUAUGCUCCCCUGAUUUAUUGUAUCCCUUCAAAGGUGUUUUGUAAGUAGAGAUAUUUGAAUUUUGGAAACCUGAGCUAAAUUCAUUGUCAGAAUCAAGUAAAUUAUGCAAUCCUGAUUUAAUCAUUCACUGAAGCUGCUGAACUGUCCUUUACACCCCACAAGGACACUCCUUUGACUGUGUAAUCUUAUUGUCCAUGUGAGAGUAUUCCUGAAAAAGAACUGUGGUUGGUAAAAGUGACAAACUUUCGAAAACCUCAGCACAAGUCAUAUCUAGAGUCUGUGAUGAUUCAGUAGACAACCUAUGUCCAGAUGACCACUUUACAUGAUAGACUAACACUCCCACAUCAAAUCUGUUAACAGAAAAAAAAGAAAAAAAACUAUGUAGCUCCUUUAACCAAGUCUUGAGAACGUCUUACUUCUUUCUCUAUCUUUUGUUUUUCAGUCUUAUAUUUAUCUACAACUAUUACAAGUCAUCCCCUCAUCUCAAACCUUUACAAGGACUUUUCCCAUCACCUCUAGUUUUGAUUGCAUUUGCCUUGUCCUGGGGCAUAACUGCAACUUCAGAAGCAAAGCUAUGUUGUGAACAUGGAUGGUAUUACCGCAUUCUUCACAUUGGAAUUGGUGGUGUUUGUUUGUUGACUGUGGCAGUGUUUGUUUUCUUAAAGGAAAAAACCUUGGUGAAUUUUAUGUUGGAACACUGGCUUGGGAGAAUAAAGAAGAAAGAGGAGUAGAAGAAAUAAAUUUUUUGGUUGGCUUGAGCAAAGAGAUUCAAUGACUGAAAUAAGAUAAAUUAGAGUGCAACUGAAAUUGCAAAUCCUCUGCCUUUCUUUCAUCCAUUAGCAGUAGAUCCUGGGAUAAUUAUAUCUUGUUGUGCCAUUCCUUAAACUUGUCUACAAAAUAAGAUCCAACAGGAAGGGAAAAUAUGCCCCUAUUUCUUUCCUUAAUGAUUUUGCUAAAAGUCAACUGGGAAACCUUUUCAUGUGCAAAGGGAAGUUUAUUUACACAUCCAUUAUAUCAAAACAAAUGUUCUUCUGAACGGUGUCAUUUUUAAUCUGGUGAUGUAUGUAGCAGUAUGGUACCAUUCCAGCUGGGCUAAAUAAAAAUUAUUCAUAAUAAGGGAAACAGAAUUAAACGUCAAGUGUGACCAGACUUUAUGAUGCAUGUGACGGUAAGAGCUACACUCAUCUCUGCUUUAGUCUGGUAACCUACGUGCUAAUUUUUCGGAAGUUUACUGUAUAACUGUAUUGAAAACGGUGUAUUUCAAAUGGCUUAAAUAAAAAUAUUUCAUGAAAAUGUCCUGAAAAUAGUCAUGGUGUUAGUAUUUCUUUGUAACCAGGUCCAUGUAAGUUUAAUAGGUAAUUUAGUGUUAACAACUGAGUUGAAAACGUAAAUUGGCCACCGUAAAGAGUACUCUUUACGGUGGCCAAUUUAUGUCAACUAAGUUGUUAACACUAAAUUACCUGCUAUACUCUCCCACCGACGAAGCACCACAGUUUCUUUAGAAACUUACCCCCUUUAUUCACGUGUAAGUUUAAUGAUAGGUGUAUAGUGUGGUCGUGUAAGAUUUGAGGUACCAAGUUCUUGAGAAGGGCAAUUUCAAUGCAAUUUAGAAACGAUUGCAACAGUUGCCAAUAAGUCGCCAGCGUUUUUAGCGAUUGAUAACGUUCACGUUAACUGAUUCUGAGUUCUUUUACUCAACUUUGGUUUAGUUCGUGGUACUCGCUCAAAAUGAUCUGUUUUGAAGGUAAAAGCACA